GUGGGCACAAAUUGCAAAGCACCUACCAGGCCGAACCGACAAUGAAGUGAAGAAUUUUUGGAAUUCAUGCAUUAAGAAAAAGUUGAUCUCACAAGGACUUGAUCCGAAAACUCAUAAUCUCAUCCCUUCAUCCAAGCGAUCCUCUCGCAAUCAACAAACCUUUUCUACCUCAUCACAUGCUUCUACCUCUACUCUUCCUAUCCUCACAUUACCUCCUCCGCCGUCAGUCAGGCUUGCUUGUGGAUAUGAUAAUCAAAAACCUAAUGUACCUCUUCCCACCGCUACUUCGACUUCUAAUGGCAUUAUUUCAACUUGUUUAACAACCUUUGAUCAUGAGCUUGACAUUAUGGAAUGCCUCGAAACAUCGAAACUUGAAGAUCUGCAACCACAUGAUCAAAACAUUCAAGUGCAUGAGGAUUCGAGUGUCGCAAUGGAUGGCAAUGGAAUAGUUAUCCACAAUUCGUUUGACAACACUAUUUUUGAUCUUGACUUUAUGGACACAUUUAUAUUUGAUUCAUUAUGUAGUGACUCAAUAACUUCUAUGGAUGAUCUUCUGUACUGCAACUUUUAG